ACCCUUGUGUUGGCUCUCAGCGUGGGAUGCUGCUGCAAAUGCUGGGGUGAGAGAGGUGUGAGACACGGCUAGCUGAAGGGAAUUCCCAGCUGUCUCAGGUGUGACCAUCACACUAGACCCUGGGCACAUACAGGAAGUCAGGGGAACUUACGGUACGUGCAAGAGACACCGUGCUACCUCAGAGUUGGACACCUUUUCCUCUACUCCAUGUCAGAUUCCAACACAACCGACUUCACCAACCCCUCCACCUUCAUCCUGCUGGGAAUUCCUGGCCUGGAGGUGGCCCAUGUCUGGAUUUCCAUCCCCUUCUGUGUGAUCUAUGCCAUAGCCAUUUUGGGGAACUUCACCAUCCUGUUCAUUGUGAAGAUAGAGCCGAGUCUCCAUGGGCCCAUGUACUAUUUCCUCUGCAUGCUGGCUGUCACCGACCUGGCCCUGUCUACGUCCACUGUGCCCAAAAUGCUGAGCAUCUUCUGGUUGAAUUCCAGGGAGAUAGAUUUCAGUGCCUGCUUCACCCAGCUGUACUUCAUUCACUGCUUCUCAGCGAUGGAGUCUGGGAUCUUAGUGGCCAUGGCUUUGGAUCGCUACGUGGCCAUCUGCCAUCCCCUGAGACAUUCCACCAUCCUGACAAACGCGGCGGUGGCCAAGCUAGGCCUGGCCGUGGUACUACGCAGCAGCAUACUCGUACUGCCCAAUCCCUUCCUGGCGAGGCGGUGUCCCUAUCACAGAACCAACAUCAUCCCCCAUACCUACUGUGAGCAUAUAUCCAUGGUGAAGUUGGCCUGUGCUGACAUCCGUGUCAAUAAUUACUAUGGCUUCUCUCUGAUUUUCCUCAUCACUGGUGUGGAUGUGUUUUUGAUUGCCCUGUCCUAUACACAGAUUCUCAGGGCCAUCUUCAGCCUCCCCACAAAGGACGCCUGGGUGAAGACUUUUUGGACCUGCAGCUCCCACCUGUUUGCCACCUUAGCCUUUUACAUCCCAGCUCUUUUCUUCAUCCUGACGCACCGGUUUGCCCAGAAUGUGCCCCUGCAUUUCCAUGUUCUCAUGGCCAACAUGUACCUCCUGGUGCCCCCCAUGCUAAACCCCCUUAUCUAUGGUUUGAAGACCAAACAGAUCAGAAACAGGCUGCUCUGGCUCUUUCCUCAUAAAGGACCUAAAGUUUUCUCCUGGUAG